AUGUCCCGCCCCGGUGAUUUCGAUCACCUCUCCCGCACUAAGGUCUCUUCUGACAAGACUUUGCCUUUCCAGCUGUGGACAAUGACCCAAGACGAGGCUGAUGAUAGUUUCGGCCUUCCACUUGCAACUAUCAAGUUCCCUUGUCAUAGUGCCGCUGACAUUACCAAGAAGGGGUUCAUGCGGAUUUAUAUCCAAAUCCCUAUCACUGGAGCCGUCGCUUGCAGCCCUCGAGUCUGA